CAGUCGGAUGGGUCCCUAAUGCAAUGACUGGGGUCCAGGUGAAGACAAGGACACAUGGAGCAUCAUGCGACGAGAGGCUGCGAAUGUGGCACUGUGGCUACCGUCCAGGGACCACCAAGGCCUGCGGCAGCCAUUAGGAGCAGGGCGAGGCGAGGAAGGGUCCCCCGCACAAGCUUCAGGAGCGCGCCCUCCCACACGGUUCCAACGCUGGCCUCCAGAACUGUGUGCCCAUAAUGUCUGUGUUCUAAGCUGCCCGUUGUGACAGGGCAGCCCCAGGAGAGGAACUCGUCCGCCGCGGAGAAGCACAUCACGCUGGCAUCGAGGACUGAGGCGUGGAGAGUGGUGACCCUGAAUAAGGGCAGGGCUGCCUGCGGAAGGGGACCAAGCUUGGCCCUCAGGCAGGGGUGGUGACAAUGUGGCCAUUUAUUCCAGGAAGGAACUUUCACUAGUUUCUAGAAAGGCAUAGUGAGGAGGGAGUGGGGUGUGGAUGGGAGCCUCCUAGGGGCAUCCCCUCCCAGGCCACAGAGAGGAAGCCAUAGCUGUGGGGUGGGAGGAGGUAGGCAGCAGGGGCAGGGCUUUCCUACUUGUCUCCCUCCCCAGGCAGGGCUGGGGGCACAAAUCAGACAGGAGAUCCCAAGCCUCGCCUUGGGGGCCUAUGGGAGGCAACCAGACCCAGGGACAGUGAGUGGGGGCAGCGGUUGCCAGGAGACAGAGCUAGGCUGGCAGGGAGUGCCUCAGGGGCCUUGAGGCCCGACUUACCCUGCCGCCUGCAGAUGGCAACUGCCUCCCGGCCGGUGAGACCACCAUACUGCUUCCUGCUGCUGGGCUGCAGACCCCUGUUCUUCCCCAAUGGGGCCCAGCCAGCCCCCACGACCCAAUGUGGGGGCUCUGCUCUGGCCUGCGGUGUCCCACCUGAGAGUUCUGGAGAACAGGGAGUCCUGCCAGGUUCCAACCCAGGUCACCCGGCGUCCUGCCCCACAGCAACCCCAGCAGUGCGCAGCGAAAACCAUUAUCUGGAUCAUCUUUAUGGGGCUUAAGCUUGGGUGGGAGCAGAUGUGUGUGAGCUAGGGAUUUGGGCUGGGCCAGAGGCCAGCAGAGAACAGACGGGGUCCAGGAAGCAGGAGCAAAGAUGGACGGGGAAGAGGUGGAUGGGGGUUCAGUGCCCUGUGUCAAGGCGGGCUCUCCAGACCAAGAAGGCUUCUUCAACCUGCUGACCCAUGUGCAGGGCGACCGAAUGGAGGAGCAGCGCUGCUCGCUGCAGGCAGAGCCAGGCACCACCUCCAAGAGCCAGAGUGGCCCCAUGCCGGAGAUGGACAGUCUCAUGGACAUGCUGGCCAGCACCCAGGGUCGCCGCAUGGAUGACCAGCGUGUGACUGUCAGCGCCCUGCCUGGUUUCCAGCCUGUGGGCCCCAAGGAUGGAGCGCAGAAACGAGCGGGGACCCUGAGCCCCCAACCCCUCCUCACCCCUCCGGACCCCUCUGCUCUCAGCUUCCGGCGGAACAGCAGCCCCCAGCCCCAGACACAAGCCCCGUGAGGGCCUGAGCCAUCUUGCACCCCACUCGUGCCCCCCAAAGCAGACAAUAAAACACUUGCAGGAGAAA